AUGGGCGGCAGGGCACAGGAGCAAUUGACAGAAGAUUCUCAAGACUUGGACCAAAGCGUUCUCCUGCAUCGAAAUCUCAAGGAGUUGCCACCGACAAUGGUCCGGGAAGAAGGUAAUUACUUCUGGCUCGAGGACGGUCGCAAGAUUUUCGACGCCGCCACUGGCGCUGCCGUUGUCUGUAUGGGCUAUCACAAUGCUCGCAUCAAUGAGGCCCUAGUACGACAGAUCCAGGAAGGGCCCAUGUACUGUCCACAACUAUCAUACAGGACCCACAUUGGCGAAAAGUAUGGCAGGGAGUUGAUCAAUUCUACCGAUGGCAAAAUGUCGCUAGUCAGCUUUUACUCUUCAGGCUCUGAGGCGUCCGAAGCCAGCUACAAGUGUGCUUGGCAAUACCAUCGCGAGGUUGACAAAGACUCGAAGCGCAACAUCUUCAUUGCCAGAGAGCAUUCUUAUCAUGGGAACACGUUGUUUGCACUUUCAGUGAGUGGACACAAGGCUCGCCGCGCCAUGUAUGAGGAUACGUUGGCAGAGAACGUUGCACGUGUUUCCGCCUACAAUCCAUACUUCAAAAGGCGCCCAUAUGAGACCGAAGACCAGUACACAGACCGUAUGCUCGAUGAACUUAAGACUAAAUUCGAGACCCACCUCGGAAAGGUUGUUGCCUUCGUCGCUGAACCAAUUGUGGGGGCGGCACUCGGAUGUGUUCCUGCAGCAGCUCGAUAUUGGAAGGGGGUUAGGGCGCUCUGCGAUCAGCACGGCGCUUUGCUCCUCUUCGACGAAGUGAUGUGUGGCAUGGGGCGUUGCGGCACGUUGCAUGCAUGGCAGCACCCAGAUGUAGGAGUCGUCCCGGAUAUUCAAACUGUCGGCAAGGGGCUUGGAGGCGGCUUCCCCAUCUCAGGCAUGCUUCUCAAUCACCGCGUCGCAAAGGCUUUCAAGAAGGGUAGCGGUGAGUUCGCUCAUGGACACACCUACCAGGGCAAUCCCUUGGGCUGUGCCGCCGGCCUUGAGGUCCUCAAGAUCAUCGAGGAUGAGAAUCUUCUCGAGAAUGUGACUCGCAUGGGAGAGCUUCUGCAUCAGUGCCUCGAGGAUUCCAUUGGCUCGCACCCUAACGUCGGAUACCUUCCAGGCAAAGGCCUUUUCCGGGGCAUCAUCUUUGUGGAGGACAAGGCUGGAAGGCAGCCUUUCCACCCGGAGCGCAAAAUUGCCACGAAAUUCAUGGACUUUGCUCAGCGUGAGCCAUAUCUACUAAAGGUAUACGCCGGUUCGGGCUCAAAGGAUGGAUACUGUGGCGACCACGCCCUUCUCGCUCCCGCGUACAACAUCACUGAGGAUGAUGUCUAUCAUAUCGUCACCCAGCUUACGAUGGCCAUCAACGACUUCUUCGUAUUGGAGGAGGAAAAUAAGCGUCUUCAGAUGUUGAAGCAUGCGCAGCAUCUUUGA